AUGCUCAAAUCCACAUACAGCGCGCCACCCCCUUUGCCACCGGGGUGGUCGGAGCAUCGAGCGCCUUCGGGCCAUUUGUACUACUAUAAUGCUGCUACGAAGCAGUCUACAUAUACUCGGCCCCAGGCGCAAUCUUCUCAACCUGAGCUGCCCGCCCCAGAACCCUCACAAUCACUCCCAUACUAUUCGCCAGAAACACUACCACCUUUUUCGUCAACGCCUUAUGGACCCGCAGGCUACGCGCCUGGGGCGGGCCAAUUAGGCCAACAACAACAUGACCAUGGUCGCGGUGGCUUCCGUGGUGGAAAAGGCUACCAAGAUCGCCGGCGGCAAGAGCCUCAAGACCGACCAAAGUCGAAGCAUCUCAUACCUGACUGCGCGCCAUGGGUUCUCGUGAAGACCAAGCUUGGGAGGCGAUUCGUUCACAAUCCCGAAACGAACGAGAGCUUUUGGAAGUUCCCCCAGGAGGUUUUGAAGGGCGUUAUCGAGUAUGAUCGUCUUGAACGCGAACGGAAAGAACGAAAAGAGCGAGGCGAGGCGGUGGAGGAGCCUACCAAGGAUGUCGCAGUCACCAAACCAGAAUCGCCGUCACAGCAAGAAGAUGUGACGCGAAAGGAACCGAGUGCCGGCCUUGAAACAGGCGGCGCGCAAGACAGUGACGAAUAUGAAGAAGUUGAAGUUACCGACAGCGAGGCGGAGGAUGGGGAGGGCCAACCAUCCAAACGCACUCGCACUGACAGCCCAAGUGCGCAGGAUCAGCCGGUCGAAUUCACCGAGGAAGAUAUGGAAUACCAACUCGCCGCGAUGGGCGAGGACUAUGGCUUGGAUCCGGGCGAAUAUGGCGAACCGGGAGAAGAAGACUGGGAAGAGGGCGCGGAAGGGCUACAAUUGACGGACGCUGAUGCCGAAGCACUAUUCCGUGACUUGCUCGACGACUUCAACAUCAAUCCUUUCACUACAUGGGAGACCAUCGUCGAAGAAGGUCGCAUUAUCGAGGACACCAGAUACACGGCGCCUUCGAACAUGAAGCACCGAAGAGAAAUAUUUUCCAACUGGAGCCGAGACCGCAUCAAGGAUGUCCAAGAGCACAAGGCGAAACAGGCAAAGCAAGAUCCCCGCGUCAAAUAUUUGGCUUUCCUCCAGGAGUACGCAACACCCAAACUGUACUGGCCUGAGUUCAAGCGCAAAUACCGGAAAGAACCAGAGAUGAAAGACACGAAACUUUCCGAAAAAGAUCGUGAGAAGCUCUACCGUGAUUACAUUUCAAAGCUCAAGCUUCCUGAGAGUACUCGCAAGUCGGAUCUGUCAGCGUUGCUCAAAUCAGCUCCGUUGCAUGCUUUAAAUCGUUCUUCAAACCUGGAGGCUCUGCCGACCCAGAUCAUCACAGAUAUCCGAUAUAUUGCGCUUACUGAUAAAAUCCGCAACCCGUUGAUUGAGGCAUACAUAUCUACUUUGCCUCCGCCACCGGAGGAAGAAUUGACCGCGGAACAGCAUGAAGAGCUCGACAGGAAGCGGAGGGAAAGGGAAAAGCGUGAAAAAGCCCUCGAGGACAGAGAGAAACGGGUAGAGGAAGAGAAGCGGAGACAGCGGGGUGAUGUGAUUCGUGGCAAGCAUCUUCUCAGGGAAGGUGAGGCUGAAAUUGCAGAAGCCAUGAAGGUUCGCAAGGAUGGAUUGCGCAGUUACAUGGAUGUCGAUGAAACACCAGUUGGCGAGCGAGAAAAGCCCACUCAAUGA